AUGGCCGAUGAACACAUCGCGGCCUCCAGUGCGGCAGUCGGGAGACUUGCUAUCCGUCAACGUCGGGCGAGAGCUCCCAAGGGCCUGGACGCGGGAAAGGCCUUGUGGCCGCAGCUCUCACCGCUGCUGCGGCGCGCCAAGAGCGCGCCUGGAGACGCAGACGAAUUCCUCACGCAAUUUCAAGAGCUGGUUCAGGUUUUUCCCAAAAGCGCCUGGAUGUCGGGCAAGGCCGAGAGCUUGCUGCGGGAGAUCUUGGAGGCUCUGGCCACCCCACGGGCUGCUUUUGCAGGACAUGCCCUAAAAUCUUGGAAGGCCUACUUUGCUGUUUGUCGGGCCUCUGGCAUUCCCGUUGAGAGUUGUUGUAGGUGGCAUCCCCUGCUGCUGUACUUGGGGCAGCCCAUUGGGACGGACUCCGUUUUGCCGGAGGUCUUUGUGCCCCGGCCGGUGCUGGCCGCCCUGUGUGGUGCCGUGGGGCAAGAGUUGCCCUUGAUGUCUUUGGAGGUGCAGAUGGAACUGGUGCAACUUCUGUCAGAUGGCGUGCCGCCAAUUGAGGCCUGUUCUCCAACCUGGGAUGAUGAUCGCGCCUUGGAUGUGCCAUCCGCCGUGUCCAGCAGCAGUGGGGGCACCGAAUGA